CAACCCUUUUCACCCUCCUUUAUCCUCGUCGUCGACGACAGCCCUUCACCCGGGUCAAGGCCAGCCAGCACAUUCUCUUUCCUCCAUUUCUAUUCGCAUUUCUCACCUGCAAUAAUGUCCGCCGCCGAGACUGCCGCUGCCCCCGCCCCCGUUGCCCCCGUCGAGGAGGUGAAGCCCGCUGAGGCUCCGGCUGCUGAGGCCGCCCCUGUUGCUGAAGCUGCGAAGGUGGAGGAGGCCGCCGCCGAGGCACCCAAGGCUGAGCCCGCUGCUGAGACGAAGGCCGAAGAGACCCCCGCACCUGCUGCUGAGGCCACGACUGAGGAGCCCGCGAAGGAGGAGGCGAAGCCCGCCGACGCCCCUGCUACCGAGGAGGCGAAGGAUGAUGCCAAGCCCGCCGAGGAGAAGAAGGAGGAACGCCCCAAGAGCCCGAGCCUGCUCGCGAAGCUCCUGGCUCCUUUCAAGAACGAAAAGACCAAGGCCGAGAAGAAGGUGAAGACCCCCAAGUCGCCCAAGAAGGAGAAGAAGAAGGAGGAGGCUGAGGCCCCUGCUGCCACCGAGGAGGCUCCUAAGGAGGGCGAGGCCGCUGCCGAGGCCCCUAAGGAGGAGACCGCCGAGCCUGCCGCUGAGGCCCCCAAGGCCGAGGAGGCGCCCGCUGCGGAGGCUCCCAAGGAGGGUGAGGCUCCCGCCGUCGAGGCCGCCGCCCCGGCUGCUGAGGAGGCCAAGCCCGCCGACGAGGCGAAGCCCGCUGAGGAGGCCAAGGCCGAGGAGAAGAAGGAUGAGAAGAAGGAGGAGAAGACCCCCAAGGCUGCGAAGGUCGGCCGCCGCUUGUCUGCGCGCGUCGGCGACUUCUUCAAGCACAAGCCGAAGGAGGUCUCCACCCCGGCCAAGGUCGAGGAGGAGCAGGGCAAGACCGACGAGGCUCCCAAGAUCGACGAGCCCGCUCCUCUCGCGCCCCUCGAGAACCCCGCCGCCGAGGGCAAGAAGGAGGAGGGCGCCGCACCCGCCGCUGAGGAGGCCAAGCCUGAGGAGACGAAGCCUGCUGAGGCCGCUGCCCCGGCUGUCGCUGCGACCGCAUGAGCACCUUCGUGUCCGUGUCUCCUUGAACGACCCUCAUGAUUUCCUUCCCCUUCGGAUACCUUCACGGGUGCGAACACCCUACCUCAUCGUGACGCUGGAGGAUCUAGUACAUCUCCCGAUUUAUGUCUUGCCUGGUCUUACGAUACAGGGUCUGGUCUUGUUCCAUUUACGAUCUCCUCGCAUCACGACUACCGGAUCCCCCUCUUCUUAAUACCAUUUUUCUACCUGUUGUUUUUGCAUACCCCGUUCGAUACUCUUUCCUUAUGGAUCGUGCUCCGUCUUUGGGUUCUCUUCUAUCUCUCUCGGCUUAGACAGUUGAAUAUAAGACUGCCGACCCCGUUCCGCUC